AUGUCCCUUACUGCGGGAAGUGAACAUAACGCUGGGCGAACAGAAGUUCUCUAUCCCACGGAGCUCACCUACGCUCCGGACGGGAAGCACGUUUUAGUGACAACAGUGUCGGGCGGAGCGGAGAUGGAGCUCACAGCAGUCGAUACCUUUACAGGAAGGCCCACGGUAACGGCUUUUGUAUGUAACGUGAAACAGCCUCCUGGAAUGCACUCUAGAGAUCGCGAUAGCAAUCUCUACAUGCCGCCCGACAAUCUCGGCCACGCCCUCGCUAGUUCUGCCCGACACAUACCAUCAGAGCGGUGUCAAGUGUUCGUGCCAACGCUCAAGCCCAGCUACAGUCCCUGCGGAAAGUAUGUUGUUUUCGGCGAGCCCUUCAUGAAGCGGUUUCGACCAGGCGAGAAGAAUGAGGUUCGGUUUCUUGACAUGACCAAGGGUGAGAACUCUACCGUACUUGAGCGGGUCCUAUUAGGCCAAGCAGCGCCCCCAAUUGCCGCCUUCUCUCCCAGGUCGCGUAUGGUUGUCACUGCUAGCGCUGCUAUGGGUUGGUGGGCAGUGAAACCCCUCUCUGAGAGGACCCCAUCAGAGGAAGCUCCCAGGAAUGGAGAGGCCCGUCCUAGCCCUGAGUCCGUAGAUGUAGAAAUGACAGAGAUACGAAAUAGUGCUGAUAACAUUGGUAUACAGUGA